AGCAUAGUCACUUUCUGCGAAGCCAGAUUUCUUCUCCCUCCCUAACGCUCCCGCUUAGUGGCCUGUAUUUCCUGCAUGGAACUUUUUCCGAGCCACUAACAGAUUGCGCAGUGAAUUAUGAUGAAGAUCACAUGAUCACAAUAUCACAAAAUCGCUCUUCAAUGGUAUAAUCCAUAGCGACUCUACUUUGUCUUUUUUUUUUUUCUUUCUUUUUGUUUCUUUAGAACGAUUUAGAAUUAGUACCAUUUACACGUAACUAUGGAAUCGAAAGCCUAAAUGAAAAGAAAAAUUAUAGGAAAUAUAGAGAAUAGUAAAAGUGGAAGAUGAAUAGGAGGAUAAGAUAAUCAGUGAUAAAAGAAAAAAACAAAAGUAGGAGGAGACGCGGAAAAGAAAAAGAACGAGAAAGGAUCUACACGUACAAUAAUAUCAUGCCAAUAAUUACGGAACUUUCGUAACAAAGUGACCGCGCAUGAAAAAUUUUUUUCAAAAAAUAGGCUAUUUAAAGCCUAUUUAAAGUCCGUAGUUCGAAGGUAUUGACUUCUCCGAUGUGAUAAACAAUGUUGCAUCAUUAACUGUAUAUGAGGAAGAUUUUUGGCUUGACAUACACUUGAGUCUUCUUCUGUCCAUAUAAUUUGAAGGUAGAAUAAUCCAACGAUGCUCUAUGCGGUUAGGUAGAAUUAAAUGCGUAUCAUUCAAGUUUUGUGGAACAUAAUGGAAACAUUGGUAACAUGGCACUUUUGCCAAUUAGAACACAUUUCAGGGGACCUGCACCUCCAUUUAAUGGAAAGGAUCUAGAUAUAAUUGAUGAAGCAUUGUACUUUUUCAAAGCAAAUGUAUUUUUUCGAACAUAUGAAAUUAAGAGUGAAGCUGAUAGACUUUUAAUUUACAUUACAUUAUAUAUUACUGAAUGUUUGAAAAGAUUGCAAAAAUGUGCAACUCAAGCUCAAGCAACAAAUGAGAUGUAUUCUCUUGCUAUUUCGAAGUUUGACAUUCCUGGUGAUCCUGGAUUUCCUCUGAAUUCUGUAUAUGCUAAACCAAAUAAUCCUGUAGAAGCUGAUACCAUGAGACAGUAUUUGCAACAAAUAAGGCAGGAGACAGGUGUUAGACUUGUAGAGAAAGUAUAUGGAGAAGAUGGGAAACCAAGUAAAUGGUGGUUAUGUUUUGCCAAGAAAAAAUUCAUGGAUAAAUCCUUAUCCGGACCUGGACAAUAAAGUAUACUUUUCGAUACUGUUCCGUGGGAUACAGUGGAUGAAUACAAGAAGUUACUGUAUGAAUUUGAUAAAAUAAUGAAACUUGUGAUUCAAAAUAAAACUUACAAAAAACAAAUAUACAUAAAUCGAGGAUGAUGACUGAUGAUUAUUGUGCAUCAUAUACUUAUAUAUGUGAUUAAUCGAUGAAUUAAACUUAUACACUUAAUUUAA